GCAGACUGUGGUUUGUUGUCUCACGGUCUCACCUCAGUUCAGAGGUUGAGUGUAAAUAAUCGGGCGUUGCGUCCAAGACGAAUAGAAAUGUGGGACUGACACGCCCAAAUGGGACAACGUUUCUCAGCAUCGUAGGUGACAAACAGGCGAGUGGGUGUGGAGAUAUGAAUAAACCCAAAAUGUCUUCGGAGAAAGGUGUUCCCAGCAGCUCCAGGGUGCUGAUGUUGCUGGGCCAGCUAGAAAGAAUGAACGGAGAGGCCAUGCUGUCAGACGCAGAGAUCAGCCGGCAGAUCACCAGCAAGAUCUUGCACCUCAUCCAGACACAAGAGAAGACCAGGAAGGAGCUGACCACUAAGGGCUCUGGUGGAAUGGAGGUCAUCUUGGCCUCUUUGGAGAACACACGGGACCUGCAGACCAUCUUGAAUAUCCUGAACAUCUUGAAUGAACUGCUGAGUGUAGGUGGAGGCAGGAGGAUAGGAGUGUGUGUGAGUAAAGGUGGUACAGGUGUGCUACUGCAGCUGUUGAUCAGCUCCAGUAAGGAAUCUCCACCCAACGAGGAACUCAUGCUGCAUACUCAUUCACUGCUGGCCAAAAUAGGACCCAAAGAUAGGAAGUUUUGUGUGAAGGCUCGUCUGACCGGGGCUCUCAACGUGACAGUUAACCUCCUGAAGCAGAAUGUCCACAACCACAAGCUCCUGCUGCCAUGCCUACAAGUGCUGCGUGUCUACUCUGCCAACUCGGUGAAUGCAGUCUCAUUAGGAAAGAAUGGAGUUGUGGAGCUGAUGUUUAAAGUCAUUGGACCCUACAGCAAGAAGAACACCAGUGUCAUGAAAGUGGCGCUGGACACACUGGGAGCAUUGCUGAAAUCCAAGAUGAAUGCCCGGCGUGCCGUGGAGAGGGCUCAAGUUGCCACCCUGCUGGCCAUCUACCAGGACUGGCACAUAGCGAUGCACAAGCACGCCCUGCGGCUUCAUCACUAAAACAUUCUGGGAUGCCUGAAGAACGUGACCAACAGCAAGCUGGGCAGGAAGGCCUUCAUCGAGGCGGACGGCAUGAGAAUCCUCUACAACACGUCCACUGUACCACCGGUGCCACUCAACAAAUUAAUUAACCAAAAGCUCUACAGCCAGCCCCCCGGGGUGGAUGACGUGGUGGAUGAGAGUGACGAUAACGAGGACAUGGAGCCGGACACUGAGAACGACACCGAGAACGAAGAGGACGAGAAGGACAAGGGACAGAAUGAUGACAUUGAGACAGACAUUGCCAAGCUGCGGCCUAGGCAGGUGCAGACACGGCCCUUUGAUGAGCUGAGGGUGUACGAACGCUUCUUUCUGGAAUUUUCAGAGGACUUUCAGGAUUUCGACUUGACCAAUUCCAAGGCGGGUGUCGGCGUGACGCCAGCCCCGCCCCUCCCCAAACCCCCCAAGCCAGUCAUGGUCCCCACGGGCCAAGGCCCUCCCAAAGGUCACCCCGAGGCCGAGGCCGAGCCCGAGCCCUCUCGGCUGGAGAAGGGCGAUCCGCGGCAGCCGGCGCCCCUGGAGCUGGAGAACAUUAGCCUGAGCCCCGCGCCGGAGAAGCUGCUCCAGGGAGAGAGCCCCAGCCCCGGCCCUGCGGCCCCACACCAGAGCCCACUAACCCUGGGACAGACGGCCGCACCGCCACGGGCCCCCGAAGCCCUGGAGCUGGAGCUGAGCAGCAGCCUGAACCGGCUGGCCCUGGAUGGUGGUUGUGGUGGAGGAGGAGGGGGGGGCAGUGGCAGCAGUGGGACGGGCGGAGGCCCGGAGGACGGCGUGCUGGAGGUGCCCGACACGGCGGCGCUGCUGCCGCUGCACGACCCCGAGCUCUACGUGCAGAUGGCCAAGGGCACGCGCUCAGUGCCCAGCUACACGGAGGUGGCCUACCCAGACUACUGCGGACACCUGGCGCCCAGCACACCUGAGCCCAUCCUGGAGAGAGUGUACGGUGUACAGAGGACCAAGAUUUUUCAGGACAUUGAGCGUCUCAUCCACUCCAGUGACAUCCUGGAUAAAGUAGUUUAUGAUCUUGACCUACAGAGCUGUCCGGUCAUCGAUGAUGGAGAGACGCUCAAGUUCAACUCCCAGUUUGAGUCUGGGAACCUGCGGAAGGCUGUGCAAGUCAGGAAGUUCGAGUAUGAUUUAAUCCUGAACUCAGACAUCAACAGUAAUCACUACCAUCAGUGGUUCUACUUUGAAGUGAGCAGCAUGCGGGUGGGAACACCAUAUCGCUUCAACAUCAUCAACUGUGAGAAGGCUAACAGCCAGUUCAACUAUGGUAUGCAGGUGCUGAUGUACUCUGUACAGGAGGCCAUCAGUGGACGGCCACAGUGGGGAAGAACUGGCCAAGACAUCUGCUACUACAAGAACCAUUUCUCCAGGAGUUCAAUCGCAACGGGCGGGCAGAAAGGCAAAUCUUACUACACUAUGACCUUCACUGUGACCUUCCAACACAAGGAUGACGUCUGUUACUUUGCCUAUCAUUACCCCUAUACCUACUCCACACUAAAGAUGCACCUGCAGAAGCUGCAGGAGAAGUGUGGUGACGGUGUGUACCUGCGGGAGGACGUGCUGUGUGAGACGCUGGGAGGAAACCCCUGUCCUCUGCUCACCAUCACCGCCAUGCCUGACAGCACCAGUCCAACGCACCUCAACCACCUCCGGAGCCGUCCGGUGGUGUUCCUGUCGGCGCGUGUGCACCCGGGCGAGACCAACGCCAGCUGGGUAAUGAAAGGCACACUGGAGUUCCUGACGGGCAACUCCCCCCUGGCACACAGUCUCCGGGCCUGCUACCUCUUCAAGAUCAUCCCCAUGCUCAACCCAGACGGGGUCAUCAACGGCAGUCACCGCUGCUCUCUCAGUGGAGAGGACCUAAAUCGCCAGUGGCAGCAGCCCAACCCUGAGUUGCACCCCACCAUCUUCCAUGCCAAGGGCCUGCUGCAAUAUCUCAACGCCAUCCAGAGGGCACCACUGGUGUUCUGUGAUUACCAUGGCCACUCCCGUAAGAAGAAUGUCUUCAUGUAUGGCUGCAGUCUCAAGGAGACAGUCUGGCAGACAAACAUCAACGCCCCCUCAUGUGAACUACACGAAGACCUGGGCUACAGGGUGUGUGUGUGUGUGUGUGUGUGUGUGUGUGUGUGUGCGUGCGUGUGUGUACAGGGUUUGCAGAUAGGCACUCGUGAGUUGGAGGAGAUGGGGGCUCAGCUGUGUGUGGCACUGCUCCGACUGCACAGACUCACGUCGCCGCUGGAGCUGCACACACACUCUCACACACACACUCACCUGCUGGAGGCCGAGAACGAGCUCAUCGAGACGCACCGCUACCAUGUCAAUGUCACUACCAGCCCCACCACGUACGUGUUGGCCGAAGAUGAGCCGGUGCUGGAGGAGGUGGACUACAGCGCCGAGAGUGACACUGACCACGACCUUCAAGACCCCGCCGAGCCGCUGUCCGACUCCGAGCUCAACGAUAGGGACGCGCUCAGCUGAACGUCCCCUCAGCCCCAACCUGAGCAUUCGCACAUUAUACACCCAGACUUGCCAGGACACCAAAACCAAACCCGCCGAUACUCACGCUGUCUGGCCCGCACUCCUGACCACCAUCAUUGUCCAGUAGCCCGGUUUUAACCCGAACACUCACCUCACCUUACUGCUCAGCCUUACUGGAACUCAGACUCAUGUGAUAACCUGAACAGGCUUAUCUAGGUACCUGAACACCUGAGCACCUGUGUUACUUGAACACCUCUGUAUCACCAGGUCAACUGACCACUUUUGCCUCACCUUUGAACACCUGAAUGGCCCUGUUACCAUGACAGGAUAGAACAACACGUAACUAUGAAUCAACAGUAUUCCAAACCAUGCGCACACACCAACACAUAUAUACUCUUAGAGUAUGACUGUAUGCAUAUUACAGACUGCAUAUUAGACCUGCUGCAGAAUUACACAAGUAGAACAUGUAGGACAUGUCCACACACAUGAAAUACAAAGAACAUGAAUGUACUAUAAAGCCUUUCACCCUCCUCUAAAGCCUAUAGAAGUGUACCCAUGCACUAAGCCAGGUCGGUAGGGCUCUCCUGCCAAGUGUUUUUCCUGAUGGGUCUAUGCUACUUCAUGACAGUGAUUUGUGCACACAACACACACACACACACACACCUGUACUACUUUCUGUCUCUGCACCUAUCUUUGGGAGAUGAUGUCAUUGUAACAAUGUCCCCAUGGAGACGACAUGCCCGUGGAGAUAUUGUUGCUGUGGAGACGAUGUUCCAUUGGGAAAGGAUAUCUUUUUUUGUUUGUUUGUCUUUGUUUGUUUUAGCUGUAGAUAUUUUGGGUUGUUCUUGUACAGUAGUGCAUGGAUUCUCAAUGUUGCCUUUCUUAAUUUAUUUCUUUGUUUUAUUGAUUUUUGUGAUAAACCCCUGUGUCACCACGUCCAGUGAGAGUGUGAGAGUGACUGUAAAGUAAGCUAGCGUGCGUGUUUGUGGGAAACGAUUGUUGGAAGUGCCCAAAUAUUUGUGUGGAGAGUAAUACACAAAAUAAAAUGUGAUGUUAGCUUUGAUGGCGCUACGUAACAUGUGAACGACGUCAGUGGAAUUAUGGGAAAUAAAAGCAGGAGACUGCCUGGCCACUGCUCAGCCUC